ACUAAAUAAACUAAAAAUAUAUUAAGUUACUAAUUAUAGUACUUUUUUAUGAAAAAUUAGUUUUCAAAUAAAUUUGUAUUUCCAUCUGAUUAAAUGAAAUAUCAGUCAAACAGUGCUCAGCAACCCUAAAGACAGUACCAGCUAAUAUAAGAAGUGCAUUUUACAUUCUCUGUUGUUCUAAAUUAUUUAAUAAGCAUAGAAAUAUUUAUUAUAAUUUACAAUGAGCACAUCAGCUUUUUAUAACGCUGCAGAGGAAGUAAUAGAAAGAGAAGUUGAAUUGGAAAAGGACGAAAUCACACCUCCCUUUGAGCAGGUUUGGAAUGGCACCCUACUAAAGAUUUGCUGGGGAUGGAUUCGACAAAAUGGAUACAAACGAGUUUGUCUGCAAUUCCCUGAUCAUUACCUACCACAUAGCGACGAAAUAAGUGAUAGUCUUAAAGCUUUGUUCACUCCCAAUAGUGGGUCGGCGGAUAUAAAGCUUUUUAUAUUAGCCGAUACCUCCUAUGGUAGUUGUUGCGUGGAUGAGAUUGCCGCAGGACAUGUGGAAGCGGAUAGCUUGAUACAUUUCGGUAACGCUUGUCGUAGUAGAGUGUCUCGUCUUCCGGUGUUGUAUAUGUAUCCUCAGUAUCCUUUUAAUUUGAAAAAUUUUAUGGAUAAGUUGCCUACAAUAGCUGAAACUAUCAAUGGAAAAGUCGUAUAUAUAUACCUUGAUAUCGGUUAUCAUCACUUGUUAGACAAACGUGUUGACGAAGCGGAUGAAGACUCGUUAUGCUAUAAAUUAAAGGAAAUACUGCCAUGCAAGGAAUUAUUCGUUGAGGCAUAUCCUCCAGCAGAAGAUGCAGUAGAGCAGAAACAUCCAAGUGAUCCAAUCUGUCUUUUCGUGGGUUCUGAAAAUGCGAGAUUUUCCAACAUAUCGAUCACAACACAAGCUUCGCAAUGGUUUAUCUAUGAACCCAAUAAUAAUAGUUUGCUCGAAAAAAAUCCGUUAACUGCCCAAUACAUCCGUCGACGAUAUCAUUAUAUAGAAAAAUGUAAAGACGCUCAAACGCUGGGACUAAUUGUGGCCACACUCACAGCAGAAGGGUAUUUGAAAAUUGUUUCACGCUUACAAGAAAUGGCUAAAGCUCGUGGCAUAAAGACGCAGAUUAUCUCAGUGGGACGAAUUAAUCCCGCUAAAUUGGCAAAUUUUUUGGAAAUCGAUUGUUUCGUACUGAUUGGAUGCCCUUUCAAUAAUAUGUAUAAUUCCAAAGAGUACUACAAACCCAUUGUUUCAGUGUUCGAAGCGGAAAUGGCACUCAAUCCAGCAUGGCAUAUGAAAUAUCCCGAAGCAUAUGUAACCGAUUUCAAAAAAUUGCUACCAGAGGGUGAAAAAUUUUUGGCAUUUAAUCCUGCAGAUCAACAGGAACAAGACGUCAGUCUAAUAAGUGGUCGUGUUCGCGGCAAUAACACUGAGAAUGCUACGGAGGAGGGAGCAGCAGCGCUAAGUGAACAACAACAGGCUCUUACGGGAAAGGGAAAGAUGGAAGUGAUGACCAGUAACACUGGUCUCACAUUUGAAGACCGCACUUGGAAAGGGCUUGAUCCAGCACUGGGAAACACAGAGCCGGCCAAGAUAGAGAAAGGACUCAGUGGUAUUCCAACCAAUUAUACACAUGACUAGUUCCAUUAUUUUUAAAUACAUGUAUAUUUACGAUUAAUUUUAGUUUUCUAAACAAUUUUUUUCCUCCGGGAAUUUUUAUCAGAAUAAAGGGCUGCUCAAUGACAUCA